AUGGCAUCUGGUCCUGAACUUCCCAGUGAAGAUGAGCAGGUUUCCUUGGGCAUCGAUGAUCUCCAGAUUUCACUGCAGGCUGAACAGGAAGACACGCAGAAGAAAACCUUUACCUGCUGGAUAAACUCACAGUUGGCAAAGCACACGCCUCCCUCAAGGAUAUCAGACCUAUUUGCAGACAUUCAAAAGGGCCAUGUCCUCCUGGAUUUGCUGGAAGUACUCUCGGGACAACAGUUGCCCCGAGAUAAAGGAUUUAAUACAUUCCAGCGUAGAAUCAACAUAGAACAUGCCCUGACAUUCCUGAAAAACCGAUCUAUCAAGCUAAUAAAUAUUCAUGUUGCUGAUAUUAUAGAUGGAAACCCAUCCAUUAUUCUUGGCUUAAUUUGGACAAUUAUACUGCACUUUCAUAUUCAAGAGCUUGCCCAGACUCUCUCUUGCGAUUCCAAUCAGCCAUGCCUGGACAGUGUGAGUGCUGUCGACUCAUCUCCUACCUCAAGUCCUCCAACGAAGAAAUAUGCCAGUGUCCAAUCCAAGUGGCAGAUGUCUGCAAAGAAGGCUCUGCUCUUGUGGGCUCAGAAGCAGUGUGGCAUGGACAAGUCUGUGAAAGUCACAGAUUUUAAGUCAAGUUGGAGAAAUGGGAUCGCCUUCUUGGCUGUCAUUCAUGCCUUGAGACCGGACCUAAUUGACAUGAAGAGUGUGGAGCAUAGAUCCAACAGAGACAAUCUGCAAGAGGCCUUCAGAAUUGCAGAACGAGAAUUAAAAAUCCCCAAAUUGCUGGAACCAGAGGAUGUGGAUGUUGUUGAUCCUGAUGAAAAAUCAAUUAUGACCUAUGUGGCACAAUUUCUACAAUACUCAAAGGAUGCAUUUAGGACUGGUAUGCCUCAGGAGAAAAUGAAAGAAGCUAUGGUCUGGUUGGCCCAGCAAGAGCAGAAACUACAAGUCAUGCUAAAGGAUUCAGAAAAUGAGACCUACUCUACAAAGUAUGAGCGCCUGCUAUCCUUUUUGAAUUCAUUUGAUGAAGGAAAAAAGCCCUUUUUAUCCAUUCUGUCAAUAAAAAUGAAUCUGGAUGCGCUGGAUGGAGAUCAGUUACAGCUGAGAAAAGCCUGGGACAGACUCAACUACAAGAUUAAUGUGUGGAAGACAGAGCUGAAUUAUGACUUGCCCUCACCCCUUUGCCAAAUUGAAGCUUGGCUCCAGGAGGUCGAGAAGCUGAUAGAUGAAGAUCUGUCAGAUUCCCAGAACUACUCUGAAGCUAUGACUCAGAUACAAGAGAAAAUGACUCUAUUCAAGAAUCUGAUGGAUAAAUUUGACUAUCAUUUGAACACUCUCCGGGCCUUUGAAAAUGAAAAGGAAAAACAUCUGCCAUUGGUACCACCCAGCAAGUUAAAGGAAAUGGAAAGGCGAAUCUUCAUCAUUUCGGAGAAAAAUUUUAUUCCACUUCUAGAAUUUCAUUACUAUAAGUACUUAGUUCUUGGUUUGUUAAAUGAAGUGAAAUCAAAAUUGGAUGUUUGGAGCAUCAAAUACGGGAACCAAGAGUCUGUAGAAUCAUUGCUGGAAGACUGGCAUAAAUUUAUUGAAGAGAAAAGAUUUCUAACUCAACUUGAAGCUUCUUUCCAAGAAUGUAAAGAAAGUUGGGAGAAUUUGAUUAAAGCUGGAGAACAUGAGACGAUUAGAAAACAAUAUGAGAUGAUGGAAUAUAAGUUUUGUACAUAUAAAAAAAGUAUAUACAACGUCAAGUCAGCUCUACAGAAAGUUCUGGAGUGUUGGGCCACGUAUGUGAAAAACCUUCGCUUUCUAAAGGCUUGUUUUGAAAACACAAAAAAGGAACAGAUUAAAGAGGUUCCGUUUGAGACAUUAUGCCAGUGGAAUCUUGACCAUGCUCUUUUAAAUGAAGUGGGAAAUUUCUUAAUUGACGUCAGCAAUGAUGAAGUUGGAUUAUCUAUUACUAAGGAACUCAGAAGGCUGAAUAAAAGAUGGAGAAAGUUUAUUACAAAAACUCAACUUGACAUGAACCUGCCACAGGAUCAUUCCAAGUUUGACAGUUCUGGAAAUAAUGAACUAUUUAAUCAAGAGCAAGAAACUGCUGAGUUUUUCACAAAUAUACCAGGAGAAUGUCCUGAAAAUCAUAGUCCCAAUGUAAAGGCUGGUGAAAAGCCUGAAAAAGAAAAUGAAGAAUGCACAGGGAAACUAAAAAUGACUGAAGAGGUGGAAAAACUAACAAAACAGGUAGAAAUCUGGGAGGCAGAGACCAAAUCUGUUUUGGAUCUUCUGCUGUAUGAAGAUGAGGUGGAUCCCUCAGUGGAAGAAUCUUUGCAGCACCUCAUUGCCAAAGGCUCUAUGUAUGAAGAACUUGUAUCUAGAACUGAAGAUACUUUACAAAUGGAUAUACAAAAUGUUUCAAGCCAGGAAUCCCUCCAACAUAUCCUCACAGUUGAACUUCAAGCAAAGAUUCAGGAAGUUAAAGAGAAAGUCCAGAUCAAUGUGGUAAAAUUGCUCACUGUGCUGAAGAAUUCAACUGAAGCCUCACCCAACCUGGAUAUCCGGGUGAAGGUGGAGGAAUCACAGACAGAACUUGAAUCAUCCAUGAAUAGAGCUGAGCACUUAUUGGAGCAAAGAGAAUGCCAGAGUGAUCUGAUUUCAAAGUACAAGGAAGCAAUAGCAAUGUUAAACACUAAAAGUCUGAUCAAGUAUUUGAAAGCUGUUGAAGAGCUGAAAAAUGAUGUGACUGAAGAAGAGAAGAGGUCUUUGGAAGAGAAGAGUAGAGAACUAUCCGCCAAUUGGCAGUUUCUUAAUCAUGAAAUGUCUCUGUAUAUUGAACAACUGAAAAUAGACAUUGAGAAAGGAAAAAUUAAUGACAGUAUUUUAAAACUUGAGAAACAAAUAAAUAAAGAAAAGAAACUAAUCCGCAGAGGAAGGACCAAGGGUCUCAUCAAAGAACACGAGGCCUGCUUCUCCCAGGAGGGCUCUCUGAACCAGCUUGAGCACCACAUGGAAGUUCUGCGGGAGCUGUGUGAUGAGCUGACUUCUCCCAAGAGCCAACAGGAAGUGAGGCGGGUGCUGAGAGACUUCGAGCAGAAGCUUGGAAGGCUCCGGAAGUGUGCUGCUGAGAUCCAAGGGACGCUGCGACCCAUACUGGGGGACACUUACAAAAUCAAGGGGACCGCAGGCACAUCUGAGAAAGAAGGAAAAAAUGCCCACAGUGAGGUGCCAGCUGCAGAGUCAGAUCCUCAGCCACAAACUGAAAAGGCAUUGGAAUCUAAUAAGGACUUUAGCCUGGAGUCAAACAUUCCACAAGAAGAAGGCAUUAUGAAGGAUGAAAAGGAUCAAAAUGCAUUUAUAAAGAGUUUACUAGAAAGGUAUGAUAUACACAGAGAAAGUCUCUCUCAUCAACUUACAAGUAAUGAAUGCAGAGUUACUUCUGAUUUCCUUUGUGGUAAGGAAUGGAGUAGUAGUUUUCUCCAGGACAAACUCACUGACCUCCAGAUCUUAAAACAUGAAACUGAUGUUUGCUGGGAAGAGUUUGAAACCACUUCAUUGAAGUUAGAAGAAUUUGUGAGUGACGUAGACAAACAGUAUUUCCUUAAAACAAGAGAAACAUUAAAGGAAAAAGAAAAUGAAUUCCAGAAUAAUCUUAUUUCCAGAUUGGAGUCUUUGAAGACUGUGCAACAUAUUAUAUUACCUCUAGAGGAGGAAUAUUUCCUUAUUUGUGACUCAGACCUGCUCCUCCAAGAAGUGGGCAUUCAAGAAUUCCAACUCACUAAUGCUGAUGGCCUUUAUCAAAACCUGAGGUCUAUCCAAGAUUCCAUAGCAAAACAGAUGGAAAUAUGUAAGCAUUUGCAACAGUCAGACAACUUGACAUUAAAGAAAUUACACCCACUAGAUCUACAGGCAACACAGAAUAUUAUAGAGAAACACAGAACCCAGCUUGAAGAAUUGAACCUCAAAGUACAGAUGAGUGAAGAUGCCCUCAAAGCCCUUGAAGAACUUUUGGCUUCUUUGAGAACAGCGGAAAGCUCUGUUGAGCUUGGUGCAGUCUCAGUUAACCAAGAGGUACCAGAAAGUACUUUGCUAGUAGGAAAUGAGAAAGGAAAAAAUCAUGAAAAAGACAAAGCCAAGAAUUUGGACAAAUGUCUAAAUAUGCUUGAGAUCAACUUAAAAAAUGUUGACUUGGAUAAAAAAACCUCCUGUGAAGAACUUCUUGAUCUUGUGUCCAGAAAGUUAUCAAAGCCCUGUGACAAUUGUACACCAAAGGAACUCAGUGAUAAAGACAAAUUACUAGAGACUUGUAUUUUCACAAGCAAUGAACUCCUGAAAAAUAUCCACGAUGUGCACUCUCAGAUCAGUAAAAUUGGUCUAAAAGACCCUACUGUUCCUGCUGUGAAACAGAGGAAAAAAAUAUUAAUGAGACUGGAUAAGGAUCUAGAUGAAUAUGAAAAUGAGAAGAAAUACUUGGAAGAAUUGGCAGAUUCUCUUCUACAAUUCAAAGGUGCCAAAGAACAAACUCUGAGCGAACAGUGCCGAAAUACAGCCCUCUUGUGGGAGAAUACAAAAGCUUCCAUCACUGACUGCCUCGAUCAUUGUGAAAGUGUUUUGGAGCUAUUAAGACAAUACCACAACUACAAAAGUGUCUUGACAUCUUUGAUUCAAAGAGAAGAAAGUGUCAUGUCCCUUCAGUCUUCUUACAUGAGCAAGGAGAACCUGAGGAAAAGGAUAGCAGAGAUUGAAAUUGUCAAAGAAGAAUUUAAUGAACAUGUAGACAUUGUAGAUAAGAUUAACCAGAUCUGCAAAAAUCUUCAGUUUCAUCUAAAUAAAAUGAGAACAUUUGAAGACCCUCCUUUUGAGAAAGAAGCUAAUGUUAUUGUAGAUAGAUGGCUUGAUGUAAAUGAGAAGAUUGAAAACUACUGUGAAAAUCUUAGUCAAGCUCUAGGCUUAUGGGAAAAAGUUUUUAACUUAAAAAGUCUCAUCGAUGAGUGGACUGACAGUGCCUUCCAAAAGUUAAGUCCUUCAGAAUUACCUCAACUAACUGAAGAGGAAAAAGAAAAACUGAUGGAAGAAUUAAAGGUCUAUGAACAAAAGUCUUCUGAAGUUUCUAAAAGAGUGUCCAAAAUACAGUGUCUGCUUCAAAGCAACGAAAUACCUCUGGAAUUACAGGUCAUGCAGUCUUCAAUUUUGAAGAACUUAGGUUGUGUGAAAAUGAGUUUGACAGGAGACAACUACGAUGCCCUCAGUGGCAGCACGACUGAGCUCCAGGAGGAUCUUGACCAAGCCAAGACCCAGAUGGGAAUGACGGAGUCUCUCCUGAAAGCCCUGUCUCCUUCCGACAGCUUGGAGAUCUUUACUAAACUAGAGGAAAUACAGCAGCAAAUUCUACAGCAAAAGCACAGUAUGAUAUUACUUGAGAAUCAAAUCGGUUGUCUGACUCCUGAACUUUCCGAGUUGAAAAAGCAAUACGAAAGUGUCAGUGAUUUAUUUAAUACCAAAAAAAGUGUUUUGCAAGAUCACUUUUCUAAGUUACUGAAUGAUCAGUGCAAAAACUUUAAUGACUGGUUCAGCAACAUUAAAAUGAGCCUUGAGGAGUGUUUUGAGUCAUCAGAAACAAAAAAGUCUCUGGAACAAAAGCGACAGAAACUUUCCGAUUUCUUGACUCUUGAAGGAAAAGACAGUAAAAUACAACAGGUUGCAACUGUACUGAAUCAUGUGAAGAAGCUUUUGCCCAAAGCUCAUGUUAAAGAACUAAACAGUUGGAUUGUAAACCAAGAAAUUGAAUUAGGAAAAAUGGAUUCUGUUUGCCAGGUGCGAGCAAAGGAACUUGAUGACUGCUUGCAACAGUUACUGAGACUCCAGGAUGAUCACAGAGAUAUGAGUCAGUGGUUAACAAAUCAAGAAGAGAAAUGGAAAGAAAUGCAAGAAUCUGGAAUGAAAACUGACCUCUUUUACCAAGCAAUAGCUAGAAAGAGAGAACUAUUUGAAUCUAUGGCCCAACUGAACAACUCUUUGAGGGAAUGUGGACUUACUGAAGAAGAAGAAUUACUAAUGGAAUCAACACAGUUGAUUGAUAGGUACCAGGCAUUACUGACACAAUUUUGUGAAUCCGAGGAAGAGGUUAAGUUGCCUUCUGCUCACGAUCAGAACUUGAGUGAUCUUGCACAUGAUGUAAUUCAGUGGAUAACAGAGAUUAAAGAGGCGCUGAUGGUCUUGAAUUCAUCUGAAGGCAAAAUGCCACUUGAGGAAAGAAUCCAAAAGAUAAAGGAAAUCAUCUUACUGAAACCUGAAGGGGAUGCGAAGAUCCAGGCCAUCAUGAGUCAGGCUGAGGAGAGCACGGUUCCCUCAGUUCCUAAGGCCCUCGCUGAGAUCCAGGACCAGUGGGACAGCACUGUCCAUUUAGCCAACACAUAUCUGAGCCAUCAAGAAAAACUUCUGUUAGAAGGUGAAAAGUAUUUGCAAAGUAAGGAGGAUCUGAGAUUAAUGCUCACUGAACUGAAAAAGAAGCAGGAAGCAGGGUUUGCUCUGCAGCAUGGUCUGCCGGAGAAGAAAGCUCAACUCAAAAUCUAUAAGAAAUUCCUCAAGAAAGCCCAAGAUUUGACAUCCUUGCUAAAGGAAUUAAAAUCUCAAGGAAAUUACCUCUUAGAGUGCACAAAAAAUCCCAACUUCAGUGAGGAGCCUUGGUUGGAAAUCAAACACCUACAUGAAAGUCUUCUUCAACAACUGCAGGAUUCUGUGCAAAAAUUGGAAGGUCAUGUUGAAGAACACAGCUCAUACCAGCUCUGUGUCACAGAACUGGAUACUUCCCUGGAUGAUUUCACGAAGGAGCUUCUCAGUUUGUCUGACAAAUCUCUAGAUCAACUGGCAGUUGAAGAAAAGCUGCAGAAACUGCAGGAACUAGAGAACAGACUCAGCUUACAAGAUGGUACAUUAAAGAAGGUUUUAGCCUUCGCAAAAUCCAUUGCACCCAAUACGUCUUCAGCAGGACAGAAGAUUAUUAAAGACAAUAUACAGUCACUUGAGGAUAAACAAAAAGAUUUGGAAAAUAGACUUCAGACUGCUAAGCAGGAGGCAGAAAAUUGUCUCAACAGCAUCCUCAAAUCAAAAUGCUUAACAGAAAAGAAAGAAAAGUUUGAUGUGACAAGCGAAGCAAAGCAGGUCACUUUAGACGUGCAAGUGUCCUCCGGGGACUCAGCUGGGCUGGGGGAGGUGGAAGAAGGCCAGGAAAUCAACACGAAUUCAGCUGUGGAAAUGAUUUUGUCAAAACAACUUUCUCUUGACGUUCAAGAAAGCCUGAAAAACAUUGAAGAUGAGCAGAAAGUCAAUGAGGUGCAAAAUCAACCUUUAGAAUUAGAUGUUAUGCUAAGAAAUGAACAAUUAAAAGAGAUAGAGAAAUUAUAUAUGCAGCUGGAAGCCAAGAAAGCUGCUAUUGAAACACAGGAACAAGUGGACCAUCUCAGUGAAACAGAAACAAGUGCCUCAGUUCUCCACAAUGCUAGAGAUUCGGUGCAACACCUGGACAAUCUGCUUCAGGCACUGAUGACUUUGAAGAAUAACAGGGAAAGCCAAUAUUGUCUCCUUAAAGAUUUUGAGGAGCACCUCUCUGAAAAUGAAUCCUCAAUGAAAGCUUUGUUGGUAGAAAAGGAAGGUCUAAAAGUAGGACCACUGGACAGUGCAGCCUAUUUGGAUAAAAUUAAAAAUCUAUUGGCAUCAAUAGAAAAGGAGAAAGAUUCUUUAAGAAAGAUGCAAAUUAAAUGGGGAAAUUUAUCAGACUGUCUGAGUGACAUGGAUAAGAAGUUGCUGGAGAGUCAGAUGAAGCAACUGGAACAUGGCUGGGAACAGCUAGAAGAACUGGUAGAAAAUAAGUUUUCUCAACAAGCAUUGGAACAUGAUGAAUUUGCAUUUCUCAUGAAUAAGAUCCAAGACCUUGCAAUUUCUCUGCAACAGCAACAGCAGCAUCUGCAGUUAAGGAUGAACUUUCCAGGAGAACAGGAAGGGAACCGAGACAUGGUUGCCUUGGCCACUGAACUACAAACUAUCAAUCAUAGAUUUUCAGGUUUAAAAGGGAAAGCUGAACUUCAAAUGAAGAGGAUUUGGGGAGAAAAAGAAAAGAAGAUUUUGGAAGAUGCUCUAAAUAAUUUGCAAAAGCAAUUGGAAACAUUGGGACCAUUAAACAUAGAAAUGGGCAAUCAGAUCAAGGAGUGUGAAAUCAGAAACAGGAUAAAAGAGACUAUUGUGUGGGUGGAGAAAGAACUGAGUGACCUCAAUACGACCACUGCCCUUCUCCCAGAUGACAUUCUUUCACAGAUCCAAAAGUGCAAGGUGGCGCAUGACAGAGUUCUGGAAAAGCAGCAGGAGGUAGAGUCAUUGGUUGAAGAGGUCAAAGAUAAUCUUUCUAACCUUACAGCACAAGAGAGUGAUGAUUUAAAUAAUCUCCUACAAGAUUUACAAAAUCAAUACCAAUUGCUUGUUUUAAAAUCAACUCAGAGGUCACAGCAAUUGGAAUUUGAAUUGGAAGAAAGAGGCAAAUUGGUUGCAGUAAUAGGGAAGGUUCAUCAUUCACUCCAAGGAAACGAAGCACUGGUAAUUCCCAAAAUGGAAGCCACCUCCACCGAGGCUGAACUUGAACACCAGUGUGUCACUUUGAGGACAUCACAGAAGGAACUGCAAGAAAUUGAGAAUGUAAUCUCAACACAUCUCCAGGGACUUGCAAACAUUUAUAAAGAUUUCAGUGUAUUUGAAAAACUCUUUCUGAAUGAUCAGUUGAAAAAUUUUAAGACAAGAGCCAACAGAACACAAAGAUUUGUUCAGAAUAAAUGCAAUGAAGUAGAUUAUAAAACCGAUCUUUACAGAGAGUUCCAUGAAAAAAUCUCUGGGCUUCAGAGAGAAGUUGACAAUAUACAGCACAGUGAGCUGCUGCAAAAGCAAGAAAUAAAUUGUGAUGCGAAAGAUGAGCUUUACAGCCUUAGAGAUCAACUCACAGGUAUUCAAGCUAGUUUACUACAAGUGUUGAAGCUUAAAGAAGUGUUUGACUAUUUAGGAUUAAAAUGGGAAUGUCCCCAACUUGACCAGUUACAGUCCAAAGUAUAUGGGGGGAAAAUGGAAUUGGAAGAAAAAAUUAAGCAGUUGGACACAUUUGUGGCAGAACAUGACAAAUAUCAAGGAUCAUUAAGGAAAUUAAGAGCAAUGGAUUUACGAAAUCGGGAAAGGGCUGAAGUGUUCCUAAAAACUCUCCAGAAAGUUCCUAUGGACACUUCAACCAGAAAUACUUCUCCUGAAAGCAGUCUCUCUGAUGUUCAAAUUUUGAAUCAGAGACUUGAGAAAAUCAUGUGCUUGUAUCAAAAAGUAAUAAAGAAAUUAUGUGAAAAUAAAGCCUUUGAUGACUCACUCAAAGAGAAAGAAAUGCUACAAAUAAAACAGCAUAUAAAAGAAAAUGAAGAGUUACACAGAGUUCUUCAAAAUGUUAUGCCAGAAUGCCAUCCAAAAGAAGUGGAUAGAAAGAAUUUUCAGGAUAAAUUAGAAAACUCCUUGCAUGUCCUCAGUCAAAUAAAUUCUCAGUUACAGCAGCCUUUAUUUAUAAAUUUGAAAAUUGAGCAUAUUGAGAAAGAAAUGGAUAAUUGUGAAGAAUUUGAAGGAAAAGUUCAGGCAGAAAUGUGUUGCAUUAAAGCUAUGACUGUUACUGAGAAGCAAAGUGAAGGAAAUGCAUCUGCAGCUAGUGAUGUGGAGAUAAAAUUACAUGACCUAGAAGAUCUUCACAUGCAUCUUAAUACCAGCCUCAGUUUGCGCAAAAAUGUUUUGAAUGAUGCCUAUGAAAAUAUGGCGCGCUAUGAUGAGGCAGUUACCAAGAUGAUGGAGAUUAUCAGUGCCCUCGAAACCACGCUUGCAUCACAUAGAGUUGACCCUGAUCAUCCAGAAGGUUCCCUGGAGAAGCCUUCCUGUCAACAGAGAGAAUUGGAAUCCACAAUGGCAGACAUCCAGGACCUCUCUGAGAAGUUGGGGGCUGUCUGCAGCCCUGAAGCUAAACUCCAACUUCAGCAAACUCUUCAAGAAUUAUCUUCUAAGAGCUCAGCCUUGAGAGAGGCAAUCAAAGUUAAGGAAGCUGAGAUAGAAAGGUGUCUACAGAAUUGCAGACGUAACAUAGAUCUGAGAGAGAAAAUGCAUGCUAACCUCAGCAAAAUGGAGACAGCUCUUGCGCAGUCCAUGUCCCUGUUUCCAGGAUCUUAUAAAGAAGCAUUAGAGCACUUGGAAGAGAGCAAGGCCCUGGUUUCCAACGUUUUGUCAACCAAGGAAGAGUUGAUGAAACUCAGGCAGGUCCUCAGACCCUGGGGACCCGCGAGCACAGAGAAUGAUGAUCCAAGUGUGCCAAGCGCAACCGAGGCGCUGUGGAAGAAAUGGCUCCGCCUCCUGGAAGCAGCUCGGGAAUGGGAGAUGUGGUGUGAGGAACUGAAGCAGGAGUGGAAGUUUAUCAACGAGGAAAUCGAACGAGAAGCAAUUAUUUUAGAUAAUCUUCAAGAGGAGCUCCCUGAAAUUUCCAAAACAAAAGAGAUGGCUACCACCGAGGAACUCUCUGAGCUGCAAGACUGUUUAUGUCAGUAUGAAGAGAAUGUAGAGACACAGCAGCUGUUACUGACACUACUUCUCCAGCGAAUAAAGAGCAUCCACAAUACUCCUGAAAAUUUAGGCACUCUGGAAACUGUCCCAUCAUUUAAAGAGAUUGCAUCUAUGCAAGAACGAAGCCACAGACUUUUGCAGAAAGCUCAAAAUAAUAAGGAAUUGAUAGAGAAUGAAGUGCAAGAAAGGCAUUCCUUCACAAAAGGAAUUAUUACUUUGAAGAAGUUAUUUCAACAGACUGCAACUUCGUUGCAAAACUUGCAGUUACAAGACCACCCAGAAAAGAAAGAUCAGCUUGAGGAGCUUCAAAGUGUUUUCAAGAAAGGAAAACUGACUUUUGAGGAUAUUAUGGAAAAACUGCGAAUCAAGUAUUCUGAAAUGUACACCAUAGUCCCUGCAGAGAUCGAAUCCCAGGUGGAAGAAUGCAGAAAAUCUUUAGAAGACCUAGACGAGAAGAUCAGCAAUGAAGUCUUGAAAAGCUCACCAUCAUUUGCAAUGAGCAGAAAAAUUAGUGAAGUUAACAAUGGACUUCAUAAUGUUGAAAAGAUGUUGCAGCAGAAAAGCAAAAAUAUUGAGAAAGCUCAAGAAAUCCAAAAGAAAAUGUGGGAUGAGCUGGAUCUCUGGCAUUCCAAGCUCAAUGAGCUGGAUGCUGAAGUCCAUGACAUUGUGGAAGAGGACCCGGGUCAGGCUCAGGAAUGGAUGGAUAACCUGAUGAUUCCCUUCCAGCGGUAUCAGCAGGUAUCCCAGAGAGCAGAAUCGAGAACCUCACAGUUGAAUAAGGCCACAAUUAAGAUGGAGGAAUACCAUGAUCUUUUGAAGAGCACUGAGGCUUGGAUCGAAAAUACCAGUCGUUUGCUGGCCAAUCCUGCCGACUCUGACUCUUCAAAGAUGCUGAGUCAGCAUGCUAGCACCCUGCAGAUGGCCUUGGAAGAUUCAGAACAGAAGCACAAUCUUUUACAUGCAGUUUACACAGACCUGGAAGACUUGUCAGUCAUUUUUGAAACAGAUGACUUAGCACAAUCUGUACAGAAUUUAAGUCAUGAGGUAGCAGAUUUACAACAAAAAAUAAUGGAAAGCCUUCCACGGAUUCAGAGAAUGGCAGAUGAUGUAGUUGCUAUUGAAACUGAAGUAAAAUCAAUGGAAAAAAGAGUUUCAAAAAUCAAAGCUAUUCUGUUAUCAAAAGAAAUAUUUGAUUUUCCACCUGAAGAACAUCUUAAGCAUGGUGAGGUCAUACUUAACACACUUCGUCCUAUGAAGAAAACUAUUGCUGAAAUAAUGUCUUACCAAGUGGAACUAAGGUUACCCCAGAUGGGAAUGAAACCCCCACCUGUGUUUCAAAGGACAAACCAGCUUUUACAAGAUAUAAAACAAUUGGAAAAUGUGACUCAGGAACAAAAUGAGUUGUUAAAGAUAUUCACAAAACAGAUGAGUGAAUAUGAUGAAGAAAUAGAAAAUUUGAACGAGAUCUUGAAUAAUUACUCGGCUCAGGUCUCCUGUGAACAUAUGUUACCAGACCAAGUUGCCAAACUGCCAGAACUACAGGGAGAAAUCGAAGGUCUGGAAAAGCAGAUUCUGACUUUGAAUCAAAAGAAAGAAGAUCUCUUGCCGGACCUGAAGGCUGCCCUUCUGAAACUUCACCAACAUUUGCAGCAAGAACGCCCAGAGCCGGAGAAAGAAAUAACAUCAGUGGGCGCCUCAGAAGAGGUUGGUGUGACCGAGUGGGACGUUCCUGAGUGGCAGCUGAAGAGGAAAGGCUCUAUGUCCGUCCUGCCUGCCGUCAAGGAGGAGCUGGAAGAGGGUUCCCUGAAGAGUGAAAAUGGCGAUCAGAGGACAGAGCCAUCUUCUGCUUCUUGGUCUAUGCUCUGGAAGCAUGACAAGGAUAUGGAGGAAGAAGGAGCAUCGUCAUCCUCUGAAACCAUCAUUCAGGAGGACGACACGAAAAUAAGCAUGUGUGAUCAUUCCAUGGAACAAACCCUCGCACCAGGCUCAAAUCCUGAGCAGAUCCCAGAAAUCUCCCUGAGUCCCACCCACUCAGCAGAGGGUGCCACACCCCCUACCACGGCUUCAGCGCUGGGCUUUUCCGAUGAGCAAGGAGCUUUUGAGGCCACGGUGGAGCGACCAAGGCCAGAGCCUGAGGAAAUCCUCCAUGUCUGCAAGAUUCAGGUGGCCGAGCUGGAGCUGUGGCUACAUCAAGCCAACGUGGCAUUUGAGCCGGAAACAUUAAAUGCAGACAUGCAGCAGGAGGUGGAACAGCAGCUGGUAGGGUGCCAGGCGAUGCUGACGGAGAUUGAGCACAAGGUGGCUUCCCUGUUAGAGAACUGCAAAGACCAGGGUUUGGGAGAUAGUGGGGCCACACAACAAGAGGCUGAAACACUUUCCUUGAAACUAAAAACUGUGAAGUGCAAUUUGGAAAAAGUCCAGCUGAUGCUCCAGGAGAAGUACAGUGAUGACCAGCAGCAACACUCUGCCAUUCUAAAGAAACCUGCAGAGCAUCCAAAAGAUCUCCAAUCAGAUAACCUCUCUGAGUUUGAAUCAUUCAUCACUGAAAGGCCACAGUUCAGCAAACAGAAAGAUUUCCAGCAGCAACAGGUUCUGGAGUUAAAACCGCUAGAACAGAGAGACUUACUCAAAUUCAUAGAAUUGAAUGUACAGAAAGUCUGGCCCCAGGAUAAAGAUACAAUGCAGCCAUCAUCUGUCAGCAGUGAGACAUCUGACUCUGCUAAUGAUGCCCCAGACUCUGUCCUGUCAACUCAGGGCCAAAGUGGAGACAAAUGGCAAUAUUUGCAUCAUGAACUUGAAUCAAAAAUAAGCCAACCUCUGCCUGAGCUUGUGGAACCUCAGGGUGCCACCAGCAUGAGUAUUCUACCCAGUGUGAGUGUCUAUAAUUUUAGAUAUCCAACAACUGAAGAGCUGAAAACAUAUACCACCCAACUUGAAGACCUGCGUCAAGAAGCAACUAAUCUUCAGACACAGGAAAAUGUGCCUGAAGAGACCUACAUGAACUUGGAUAACAAAUUAUUUGAACUCUUCCUGGCCCUUAGGCAGUGUCUGGGCAGUGUAGAGGAGCUGCUGCAGACCCCUAGGCUUGUCCAAGAAGACAUGUGUGCCCAGCAGGCACGCUGGGAGACGCUGGCCCUUGAGUUGAAAAAACUCUUCUUAGCUUUGACUGACAGAAAGGAGGAUCUUCUGAAAGCCAUGACAUGGCCAGGCUGGAACAGUAGCCAGUUCCGUGAGUGUUUUAAUAUGCUCCAUGACUACCUGAAUUGCACACAGCUGGUGGCUGUCCACCAAAGCAAGACUCUGAAGGCAGGUCUCGACUACCAGCGCAGCUUUCAGCAUGAAGUAAAGAGAUUAUAUGAACAAAUUUCCAAGAAUAAAAUAUCUUUACAACAGUCUUUGAAUGAAAUUAGUGGCCAGAGUAUUGAUGAACAGCUUCAGAAAGCAGAUGCACACACCAUGGAACUACAACACUUGGAGGGUCGAGUGUCAAAGCUAAGGGACGAAGGGGAGAUGCUUCAUUUCCCUUAUGUUUUACUGCAGGAUGUUUACAAAUUAGAGGAUAUGCUUGACAGUAUGUGGGGAAUCCUGAGAACCAGGUACACAGAGCUCAGCAGCCCUUUCAUCUCUGAGAGUCAGCAAGAAGCACUGUUUCAAGGCUUGGUGGAACUAGUGAAUAUUGGAAAGGAAAAACUUGCUUAUGACCAUUUGAAACAAGUCAAAAGUAAAGUCGCCUUACAGGCUCAACUACAAAAUCACAAGCUUUUUUUCCAGAAGCUUGUUGCUGACAUGUGGUUGAUCCAAACAUUCUCCAACAAAAUGCUUCCUUCUUUAUUGCAAAAGAAAGAGGCAUCUUGGGCAGAACAAACAAAAGAAGUUCAGUCACUAGUAGAAAAGGCGCGCCAGUGUGGGAUCAAGCUUCAGAGUUUGUUGCAGAAAUGGGAAGAAUUUGAUGAAAACUAUGUAACCCUUGAAAAAGAUCUGGAAAUUCUUGUGUCAACGCUGCCCUCAGUGAGUUUGGUGGAAGAGACAGAGGACAGAUUAAUGGAAAGGAUUGCAUUUUACCAGCAAAUAAAAAGAAACGUCGACGAAAAGCAUGCCCGGCUCUGCCAGACUCUGCAUGAAGGUAAACAGCUGGUAGCAUCUGUGAGCUGUCCAGAGCUGGAGGCCCAGACUGCAAAGCUGGAAGAGCAGUGGUUGUCCCUAAACAAAAAAAUCGACCAUGAGCUACACAGACUCCAAGCACUUCUCAAGCACCUGCUCAGUUAUAACAGAGAUUCAGAUCAGCUAACCAAGUGGUUGGACUCUUCUCAGCAAACUCUGAAUUACUGGAAAGAACAGUCCCUCAAUGUGACUCAGGACUUGGACACAGUCCGAAGCAACAUAAACAAAUUUUUUGAGUUUUCGAAGGAACUUGAUGAAAAGACCUCCUUAAAGACAUCAGUGAUAAGUACCGGAAACCAACUUCUUCACCUCAAAGAAGCCGAUACGGCUACAUUGCGGGCUUCAUUAGCACAGUUUGAACAAAAAUGGACAAUGCUCAUUACUCAGCUCCCAGAUAUUCAAGAAAAACUUCACCAGCUCCAGAUGGAGAAAUUGCCAUCUCGCAAUGCAAUCACAGAAAUGAUUACUUGGAUGAACAAUGUGGAACAUCAGACCACAAAUGAAGACUCUGAACAUUUGCUAAGUUCUGCAUCUCAAGUUAAAAAUCUUCUUCAGAAAUACAGGGAAUUUAGAAUGGAAAUGAACUAUAAACAAUGGAUUGUCGACUUUGUCAACCAGUCACUACUUCAGCUAAGCACUUGUGAUGUAGAGAGUAAGCGCUAUGAGAGAACUGAGUUUGCUGAGCGCCUGGGAGAGAUGAACCGCCAGUGGCACCGGGUACAGGGAAUGCUAAACAGAAAGAUACAACAUUUAGAACAACUUUUGGAAAGUAUCACUGAGAAUGAAAACAAAAUAGAGAUUUUGAACAACUGGCUGGAGGCACAAGAAGAGAGACUGAAAAUGUUACAGAUGCCUGGGAGUGUGAUCUCGGUGCAGAAGAUGCUCCUGGACUGCCAGGAUAUAGAGAAUCAACUUGCCGUUAAAUCCAAAGCACUGGAUGAAUUGAGACAGAGUGACCUGACUUUGGAGAGCAGGACAUUGCCAUUGUUAGAAGACACAGCAUCCAGGAUUGAAGAGUUACUUCGCAAAAGGAACAGUGUCAUCAGCCAGGUCAGUGAGCUGAAGCCCUCCAUGCAGUCUCUGUUACAGGAGUGGAAGACUUAUGACAAACUACUCGAUGAAAUGAAUGUGAUGACAGUCCGAUUUUGUUACUGUGUGGAGCAGAGCAAGCCUGUGGUCUUGUCCCUGGAGGCCCUGCAGAGCCAGGUGCAGAGCCUGCAGUCUCUUCAAGAUGAAGCUGAGACCAGUGAAAGGAGUUGGGAAAAACUUCAGGAGGUUUCUGGAAAACUCAAAGAUUACUGCCCCUCGGUUGCUGAAAUAAUCAAAGAGAAAUGCCAGGAUACUUACACAAGGUGGACCCAGGUAAACCAAGACAUUGCAGACCAGUUACAAAAAGCGCAGAGUCUUCUGCAGCUCUGGAAGGCCUAUGACAGUGCUCAUGCUGAAGCUGUGGCCAGGCUGGAGCAGCAGGAAGCAAAGUACCAGCAGCUCAAAAACAUCAACAUGUCCGGAAACAACCUGGUAGAGAUCCUGACUGCCACCAUGCAGGACUUAAAGAAGCUGCAGCAUGAUGUGCAGAAGACCAAAGCAGCUUUCCUGCAAAACUCAGAGCUCCUGGAUCGACUCCCCACACCUGCAGAGGGCAGCACCCACAUGCCCAUCUGUGGUCAGCAGCAUUUCCUCCAGAGGGCGUCUUACCUGGAAAAGAUGCUGCUUAUGAAAGCGAAUGAAUUCGAGUUUGUUCUAUCAGAAUUCAAGGAUUUUGGGAACCAGUUGGAAUCUUUAAAAGAUGUUAUUAUUCAUGAAGAAGAGAAUUUGAAUAAACUCUAUCAGCAAGAUAAAGAAGAAAAUCCCGAUCUACUCCUGACUCAUGUUCUGGCACUGACUGCCCAGGCCCCUGAUAUUGAACAUUUGAAUGAAGUCAGCCUCAAGCUCCCACUCAGUGAUAUAGCCCUAAAGACAUUACAAAACAUGAACCGACAGUGGAUUAGGGCCACGGCCACAGCCCUGGAGCACUGCAGUGAACUUCAGGGAAUUAGAUUGAAUGAAAACUUUGUUUAUUGCCUGGAAAAGUGGGUCCAGCUUUUAGAGAAGAUAGAAAAGGCGCUCCAAGUGAAUCUUGCUGACAGCUUUCCAGCUCUCUUGGAACAACAGAAAACUUUCGGGAUGUUAGAAGCUGAAGUAUCUAUAAGCCAGUCGAUUGCUGAUUUCUAUGUUACCCAUUCCUUACAACUCCUGGACACAACCGAAAUAGAAAAUAGACCCAAAUUGGUUUCCAACAUCUUGAGGCUGAAGGACCAGUGGCAGGCAGCAGCCCAGGGCAUUGGACAGAGGAAGAGCAAUAUCGAUGCCUUGGUGAAGCAGUGGCAGUCCUUCACCUCCCCCGAGGCAGACUUGCUUCGCUUCCUCACCAAUACCUGCCAUCUGCUGUCCACAGUGAGGGGCCAGGAUUGCUACAGCCUCAGCCAGGCCAGGAACCUGCUCCAAGAGCUGAAGGAUAAAGAAAUUCAUUUCCAGAGAUGGCAGACCACCUUUGCACUAACUUUAAAAGCUGGGAACGAGCUACAAGACACAACAAACCUGGAAACAAAAGAGUCAAUUGGCCUGAGAAUCCAUCAACUUCAGGACAACUGGAAGGACACAAAGCUCCAAGUAGAAGAGCUGAAGCAGCACCUUCAGAACAUUCUAGAGACCUGGGAACAGUGUGAAAAGAAAAUCAAGGAGUUGAAAAGCAGGCUGCGACUUUUAACGGCACAAAGUAAAGAGCCUCUUCCAGAACUUCAUGAGGACCUCCAUAAAGAAAAAGAACUGAUUAAGGAACUCGAGAACUCUUUGAGUAACUGGCAUCAGAACUUGCAAGAGCUUCCCACUGUAAAGGCCGACUUUACCCAGCACCUUCUUGUGGAGGACGUGAUGAUUUUGAAGGAGCAAAUAGAGCUUUUGCGCAGACAAUGGGAGGACCUUUGCUUGAGGGUGGCUGUUCGCAAACAAGAAGUUGAAGACAAACUCAAUUCAUGGAUUGUUUUUAAUGAAAAAAAUAAAGAGCUAUGUGCAUGGCUGGUGCAGAUGGAAAACAAAGUUCUACAGACAGCAGAUAUUAGCAUUGAAGAAAUGAUUGAAAAGUUACAGAAGGACUGCAUGGAAGAAAUAAACUUGUUUAGUGAAAACAAGUUACAGUUAAAGCAAAUGGCUGAAGAGUUGAUGAAGGCCAGCAGCAAAACAAGAGCCACUGAGAUCGAUGACAAGCUCAAUAAAGUUAAUGAUCGUUGGCAGCAUCUUUUUGAUGUCAUUGGAUCAAGGGUGAAGAAGCUGAAGGAGACCUUUGCUUUCAUUCAGCAGUUAGACAAAAACAUGAGCAACCUUCGCACCUGGUUGGCCCGGAUUGAAUCUGAGCUCUCCAAGCCCGUCGUCUACGAUGUCUGUGACGACCAGGAGAUCCAGAAGCGGCUGGCGGAGCAACAGGACCUGCAGCGGGACAUCGAGCAACACAGCGCAGGCGUGGAGUCGGUGUUCAGCAUAUGCGACGUGCUACUGCACGACUCGGAUGCUUGCGCCAAUGAGACCGAGUGUGACUCCAUCCAGCAGACCACCAGGAGCCUGGACAGGCGCUGGCGGAAUAUCUGUGCCAUGUCAAUGGAGCGGCGCAUGAAAAUUGAGGAGACCUGGCGCCUGUGGCAGAAGUUCCUAGAUGAUUAUUCCCGCUUCGAGGACUGGCUCAAGUCUGCUGAGAGAACGGCUGCCUACCCAAACUCCUCAGAGGUGUUGUACACCAGUGCCAAAGAGGAGCUGAAGCGAUUUGAGGCCUUCCAGCGGCAGAUCCAUGAGCGACUCACACAGUUGGAGCUCAUCAACAAGCAGUACCGGCGGCUGGCCCGUGAGAACCGCACCGACACGGCCAGCAGACUCAAGCAGAUGGUCCACGAGGGCAACCAGCGCUGGGACAGCCUGCAGAAGCGCGUCACGGCCAUCCUGCGCAGACUCAGACAUUUCAUCAGCCAGAGAGAAGAAUUCGAGGGCACGAGGGACAGCAUUGUGGUGUGGCUCACAGAGAUGGACCUGCAGCUGACGAACGUGGAGCACUUCUCAGAGAGUGACGCUGACGACAAGAUGCGGCAGCUGAAUGGAUUCCAACAGGAAAUCACCCUGAACACUAACAAGAUAGAUCAGCUCAUUGUUUUCGGGGAGCAGCUUAUUCAGAAGAGUGAGCCCCUGGAUGCCGUGCUCAUCGAGGAUGAGCUGGAGGAGCUGCACCGCUUCUGCCAGGAGGUGUUCGGGAGGGUUUCCCGAUUCCAUCAGCGCCUGACCUCUGACCCUCUGGACUUGGAAGAUGAAAAGGAAGCCUCUGAGACGGAGACAGACAUGGAAGACCCCAGGGAGAUCCAGACCGACUCUUGGCAUAAACGGAGAGAAAGCGAGGAGCCGUCCUCGCCUCCGUCCCUUUGUCAUCUGGUGCCCUCAGCACCCGGGCCUGAGCGCUCGGGCUGUGAGACGCCCGUCAGCGUGGACUCCAUCCCCCUGGAGUGGGACCACACAGGUGAUGUGGGGGGCUCGUCCUCUCACGAAGACGACGAGGAAGGCCCGUUCUACAGUGCCCUGUCAGAUGUAGAAAUCCCUGAAAAUCCUGAGGCCUAUCUUAAAAUGACCACAAAAACUUUGAAAGCGUCUUCUGCUAAAUCCAUGUCAGAGGACCACUCAUGGCACGUUCCCGACAGCCCUUCCUGUCCCAAACACCACUACAAACAGCUGGGAGGUGAAAGGACUGCGCAGCCCAUGCCCUCCGACUCCAGCACCCCUUACAAACCAGCCUUCGUAAAGCUGCUAUUACCUCCCGCCAAAAAUGGUGGCAAGGACGGUGCAGGAGUCCUGAGCGACCAUCCCCGACCAGAGGACGAGGGCCUGGCCGGCCUUGCUGGGCAACAGUCAGGUGUGUUUGAAAGAUGGGAGCCUCUUCCAACCCAGGAACUGCACAACAAACUCCGAAUGAAGCAAAACUUGGAGCAGCUGAACUCUGAUCUCAGCGACAUUGCCACGUGGCUGGAAAAAACUGAAGCAGAGCUGGAAGCCCUGAAGACAGCAGAGCCUCCCUCUGACAUCCAGGAAAUGGGGCUCAGAGUGAAAAGACUGAAGGAGCUAUUGACCGCCUUUGACACAUACAAGGCCUCAGUGGUCUCUGUCAACGGGAGGAGCGAGGAGUUGGAGCCAUUGGAGAGCAUCGAGAGCCGGGAGCUGCAGGGGAGAGUGGGCCAGCUGUGCGUGCGCUGGGACGCGGCCCAGGGCGCCCUGGAGAGCUGGAGAGAGAGCCUGCGGCAGUCACUCAUGCAGUGCCAGGAUUUCCACCAGUUGAGCCAGAACCUGCUGCUGUGGCUGGCACGCGCUGAGAGCCGGAGGCAGAAGGCCCACAUCACCGCGGACCCUCAGGCAGAUGCCCAGGCGCUGCUGAGGUGUCGGGAAGACCUAGAGCAACUGGAGAAGGAGCUCGUGGAACGGCAACCCCAAGUAAACUCCUUACAAGAGAUUUCCAACAGCCUUCUGGUCAAGGGGCAUGAAGAAGACUACAUUGAGGCCCAAGAGAAGGUCCACGUUAUUGAGGAAAAACUUAAACAGUUGCUAGAGCAAGUUUCCCAAGAUUUAAAGUCCUUGCAGGGAAGCCAGAGCCCAGACCUCUCUCUGCCUGGCGUCGAUAAAGAAGACACAGGAGAGAAGCCUCCAACAGCACCGCUGCCCACCCCCCAAGCCAAGCAGGUCAAAGCACAAAAAACUAGGAAAGGCAAAACCAAGAGCGGCAGCAGGAUGCCCCGCUCGGCUGUGUCCGGCAGCUCCCAGCCACAGCGCUCCUUCCUCUCACGGGUGAUCAGGGCGGCACUGCCCCUGCAGUUGCUGCUGCUGCUGCUCCUCUUCCUGGCCUGCCUGCUGCCCUCCUCCGAGGAUGACUACAGCUGCACACAAGCCAACAACUUCGCGCGGUCCUUCUAUCCCAUGCUGAGGUACACCAACGGGCCACCGCCCACCUAGGGGGCUCAGCCUGACCUGCGGAGCAACAUCCCCCAGACUGGUUCCCUCGGGACCUGACCAGGAUCCCUGACCCCUCUGCCAGUGGUUCUGAGCAUUGGCACAGCCCAGCGACCCGCUGCAGACACCUCACUCGGAGCUGGGCCAGAGCCGGCUCUCUGGGGACGCCGCGCGGCAAACCUGCGCGGUAGUUGCCAGGACACUUUGGUAAAGUUGGUUGAUUGGUUUCAGGAUCCUGGAAGCUACGGUUUCCUGAAAAGCCAAGCACUUUGUGAAUCCUGACUUGUUUGUAAAGCCGUAGUUAGUGUUCAUCUAUUCUAGGAACAAGCUAGUCGAGCCCACCUUAGAAUGGUCUGGAAAUUCACAUUUGGUUCACCAAAUUCAUUGGCUGAUUGAAACAAUCAUAUUUAAAAAUGUGUAGAAUUUUAUUCCCAUCAGCAAUCAAUCUUAAAUUCCAGAUUUCAAACCAAAUGUUCUGUUUGUCUUAGGUCAGCUCUUUUAUAUUGCUUUAAAUUUUUAAGGAAAUUAUAUUGCAUGGAUGUGGUCUAUGUGCAUAUUUUUUAACAAUGCCGAAUCUGUAUGAAUACUGUAAACUUUGAUUUUUUUAAGAAAAUCAGAUUUUAGCUUGAGCUUUUGACGAAUGUACAGUAAAUGCCAAACUACAGACUUGAUAGGGACGUUUUUGUAAGUUAAUUUUAUAAGACUUUUCACAUUUAAAGUGAUGCGUCGGGUUUUAACUGGUUGGCCACAAGGGUUUUGGUACAGAAACUUGAAGCUGUUUGUGGUAUGUACAACUCAGAUGUUUCUCAUUAAAACAAA